AUGCCGCCUUCCGAUUAUGAUUCACAGGAUGGGAGUGGUUCACUCCCUGCAUCCCCCGUAGCCGCCUCCAUCUCGAGGGUUCAGAAAGCCCGUCAUACUCUUAACGAUGUAUCGCCAUCUCUCUUCCGCUCCGAGUUCAGCCUCCCUUACCGACGGUCUCAUCCCUCUGCUGCCUCGCUCUACGCAUCUACUCUAUCGCCACCCGCUUCUCGCUCCCAGUCGCCUGUCGGUCGCCCACCGUCGCGAAUAGCCGCUGGUUCUAUAUUUGGCGCAGCUCCGAACAACGGCCUCGCACUCGCUUCUGGCGGAGGGGACAGUCCGGGAGAUCCGCUAAAUCUUAUUCUUGGGGCAUUCGUACCGCAUGUCGCGAUAUAUACCUCCGAAGAUACCGAUGUCUUGUUAAAAGAGAAGGGCUUUAACCGCGGUCUGUGGGAACUACUUAGACCCUUCGGAGAGCGCGUCCAAGGAAAAGUUAUAAUACGGGAUAGCAACGGGUCGAGUAGGACAUACGAAGACUACUCAAUACACUUUGUCCAGUUUGGAGAAGGUAUUGUACAUCCAGAACCCGUGACAACCGGUUUAAGACCUGCGUCAGCCCCGAGAACAAAUGGAGCCUCGGAGAAGUCCAGCGGCCCCGGGAGGGGACAAGGGAUCACAAUUCCGGAUGUCGAAGCCGUCGUAGAUCGCCAUCUAAGGUAUGCUGAAGAGUCAUUAUUUAGCUUACCUCAGAGUCCUACCAAUAACGGCCUAGAUAUCGACAUAGCCUCACCGUAUUAUGCUUUAUAUUUACGUAGAUUGCUCUCGGGCCUGCCCCUGGCACCACACGAAACAUUCGCGCAUCCGGUUGCUUGUGUCAUCGCAAUAAGCUCCCGGAAUCCGACUCCGAUCGAAACUCUUAGACGGUUAUACACCGAGUCCAGCACGGGUGACAGACGUUUACCCAACUGGGUCGAUGCCGAGUUUUUACGUUACUACGUCCUUGUUCAUGAGGAAGAGAGAGAUGAUAUAACGAGGUCUAUGUCACUUUUUGACCAGAUGAAGCGCAGUCUCGGUCUCCACUGUCAUUUGCUUCGGAUAAGGGGCACGCAAAGUGCUGCUACCGACGAUGACAGCAUACCCCUUCCCCGGAGCGAGUGGAUGUCGGCUGCAGAAGAAUUAGCCGACCUCCGAAGGAGCGAAGACCAAGAAGACUUCGAAGAUCCGACGAGGUACAUAUUUGAGUCAGACGCAACUGCAAUUCGCACCUUUAUUCGCGAAAUGGUUACGCAAUCUAUAAUACCUACGAUGGAACGUCACGUGUCUGUAUGGAAUGACCAAGUAGCCUCGCGCCGAAGGGGACUUGCAGGCCGGUUUGUUGGCUUGACUAAACGAUGGGGUUUUGGAAACAAUCCUAGGUCAUCAGUCUUGGGGCAGAGCUCGGGGAGCAAUUAUGAUUCACUCGGAUUCUAUCGCCAAGACGCCGCCGAAGCUAUAAUGCGGAAGUUGGCCGACUACGCCUUUAUGCUACGAGACUGGAAGCUAGCCCAUUCUACAUACGAGCUUCUCCGUACUGAUUUCAAUAAUGAUAAAGCAUGGAAAUAUCACGCGGCAGCAAGCGAAAUGUCUGCUAUCAGCCUCCUCAUCAUGCCUCAAAAUCUAUCGGCCAGAUCAAGAGCGGAAACGAUAGACACCGCAUUUGAAGCAGCCUGUUAUUCGUAUAUCACGCGUUGCAAUGCACCAUACGGCGCGCUACGAUGUCUCGCUCUUGGUCUGGAGCUCUUACGCCUACGCGGUGGAUCGAAUGUUGAUAGUGCUGCGAAAUGGGGGAUUCGCCUAUUGGAGAGUAAGAUAUUGGGUCCCGUAGGAGACGCGCUAAUUAAGGAACGACUGGCGGUUUGUUAUGCAUCUAAGCAGGGCAUGGGGACACAUCUUUGGGGCGGUAGGCGGAGGAAAUCGGCGUUGUGGAGUGCGCUUGGCGCUGAGGCAUGGCUAGUUCAGUCGAAAUAUAUCCAGGCGCAACGGUGUCUCAACGAGGCUCGCAAGACAUACUCGGACCUCCCGAGCGGAAACGGCAUUGAUAAGUUCAACUAUGCCAGCGCGUUCCUGCUCGGCAUUGGAAAGCAGCUUAACGACAAUCUUGAAUCAGAUGACCAGGAUGACGACGCAGAUAGUGGUGACGAGAGCGAUGUCGUGGACGAGGAAAGCGAGGCCCUGGAUAUGAGGGGGAGGCGCGUUAGUACGCUGGGACUUCCCGGGGGCACGGCCGGGGCGGGCUUGGAGACGGCGCCUCUGAAAGCGCAGCUUGAUGCGUCCGAGGAACAGGAUACAGGCGAGGCUAAGGACGAUUUUGGUUAG